GUUGUGUCGUACAGUCGAGUCAUACAAUUGUUUACUAAAAUAGCCAUUUAUUGUUAGUUAUAUACAUUUUAUAUUAAUUGCGUUUAAUUUGUAUUUUAACCGCAAUUUAAUACAAGAAAAUCCGUGGGAAAUGUCGGCCGAGUAUACGAUAGCCCCGUUGCGUCCAAUCGACGACUUUUUGCUAUCAAAGGCUCGCUUCGAGAAACCAAAGUUUGGAUCCAGGAUCGUCUCAAACCUACACUACUAUCAGACCAACUAUUUUCUCAUCAUUUUCUUUGUGCUCAUUAUAUUCGGUAUAAUAAGUCCACAGAAAAUGCUAUUAUCUAUAGCCGUGAUUGGCAUCGGAGUAGUAGCCGUGGUGUACGCAUCCGGACAUAUGAGCUCACCGGCCCCGGUGCCCGAAAACACCUACCAGUCCUACCUGUACUACGGCAUCAUCAUAACGUCCAGCUACUUACUGUUGUAUAAUAUAUCAUCGGUUGCCAUACUAUUGACGAGUCUAUUGGUAUCGAUUUCGUUGAUCUUAAUGCACUCAUCCAUGCGAUUGAGAAACAUUAAGAAUAAACUCAAUGAUAAAAUAGGCACUAAAAACACACCCAUGGGUCUCAUACUCGGUGCCAUCAAUGUUAGGAUUAUCGAGGACUAAAGUGAUCAGGGUUUAUAAAUAUUACGCUAAUUUGCUCAUUUAUUAUCAGUAAUUAUAAUUAUUAUACUUUUUUUUAUUGAACUAUAGAUUAAGAGUCGUUUAUGAUUUAAAUAACAGACUAUUAAGUUGUUGACUAAAACUUUUAAUUUGAAUCACGAUUUUUUAUUGCUAUUACUUUAAAUUAACAAUAGUGAGUUAGUAACUUAUGUAAUAUUGAAGGUUAAAACAAUU